CCUCCCAAGGCCGUCGCAUUUGUCACAAAGCUGUAUGACAUGCUCAACACUGAUGAGUGGAAAGUGCGAGAUCUAAUCCGAUGGUGCGAGCCCAACGAGUAUGCAGAGGUGCCAGAUGAAAAGCCAGGAACUGCAUUCACAGUAUUCGACAUGGGCGAGUUCAGCAGGAACGUCUUGCCCCGCUACUUCAAACAUGCCAAUUGGCAGUCAUUCCAGCGUCAAUUGAAUCUGUACGGCUUCAGAAAGAUCAACGAUCAGACCCGUUCCACCCCUGGCAAUCCCGCAGUCUGGGCUUUCAGGCAGAAGUUCUUUAGACAAGGCAAUCCCACCCUCCUGAGCGCCAUCACAAGACGG